CUAUCCGUUUAUGGGAUGUUAAGACAGGAUAAUAUAAAGCCAAAUUAGAUGGUCAUUCAAGGGAAGUUUAUUCAGUCAAUUUCUCUCCUGAUGAUAACUCUAUCCGUUUAUGGGAUGUUAAGACAGGAUAAUAAAAAGCCAAAUUAGAUGGUCAUUCAAGGGAAGUUUAUUCAGUCAAUUUCUCUCCUGAUGGUACUACAUUAGCAUCUGGUAGUGCAGAUAAGUCUAUCCGUUUAUGGGAUGUUAAGACAGGAUAAUAAAAAGCCAAAUUAGAUGGUCAUUCAAGGGAAGUUUAUUCAGUCAAUUUCUCUCCUGAUGGUACUACAUUAGCAUCUGGUAGUGCAGAUAAGUCUAUCCGUUUAUGGGAUGUUAAGACAGGAUAAUAAAAAGCCAAAUUAGAUGGUCAUUAUGAUAGAGUUUUUUCAGUCAAUUUCUCUCCUGAUGGUACUACAUUAGCAUCUGGUAGUUAUGAUAACUCUAUCCGUUUAUGGGAUGUUAAGACAGGAUAAUAAAAAGCCAUAUUAGAUGGUCAUUCAUCAUAUGUUUAUUCAGUCAAUUUCUCUCCUGAUGGUACUACAUUAGCAUCUGGUAGUGGAGAUAACUCUAUCCGUUUAUGGGAUGUUAAGACAGGAUAAUAAAAAGCCAUAUUAGAUGGUCAUUCAAGGGAAGUUUAUUCAGUCAAUUUCUCUCCUGAUGGUACUACAUUAGCAUCUGGUAGUGCAGAUAAGUCUAUCCGUUUAUGGGAUGUUAAGACAGGAUAAUAAAAAGCCAAAUUAGAUGGUCAUUCAGAUUAUGUAAUGUCAGUCAAUUUCUCUCCUGAUGGUACUACAUUAGCAUCUGGUAGUGAAGAUAACUCUAUCCGUUUAUGGGAUGUUAAGACAGGAUAAUAAAAAGCCAUAUUAGAUGGUCAUUCAAAUGGAAUUCUAUCAGUCAAUUUGUCUCCUGAUGGCACUACAUUAGCAUCUAGUAGUAUAGAUAACUCUAUCCGUUUAUGGGAUCUAAAAACAUCAAAGGAGAUACUCUAAUCGGAUAGAAGCUACAAAGAUCUGCUUGCCUAGUAUUAAUUACCACUUCAGAAUAGCUCCUUAUUGCCAAAUGUUAAUCCUGAUAGUACCAUACUUAGAAUAUGUUAGAAUCCUUUAUUUGAAUCUUCAGGAACACUUAUCUUAUAAGGACAAUUUAUUAAUCAUUAAGGAAAAGAUUUAAAACCCUUGUUUAAAUCCAAAGGGAGUUGCUUUUUAGAAGACUUAAAGCAAAAAUGAAUUUGAAAUAUUCAUUAAGAGCAUUACAAUUCAAAUUUUAAUUAAUUUCUUAAAA